UGUCCGUUUCUGGAAGGAACCGCAUGCGUGCAACAUGGAGAAAGUUUCAGCAUUGAAGGACCAGGGCAACAAGGCUCUGAGUGCAGGAAAUAUCGACGAAGCUGUACGUUGCUACAGCGAAGCCCUGACAAUUGAUCCAUCAAACCAUGUGCUGUUCAGUAACCGCUCGGCUGCCUACGCCAAAAAGGGCAACUAUGAGAAAGCCCUCCAGGACGCCUGUCAGACCAUCAAGAUCAAGCCUGACUGGGGAAAGGGGUAUUCUCGCAAAGCUGCAGCGUUGGAAUUUCUUGGCCGGUUGGAGGAUGCUAAAACGACAUACCAGGAGGGACUCCGCCAAGAGCCGAGCAAUCAGCAGUUGAAGGAGGGCUUACAGAACAUCGAGGCCAAGAUCGCAGAGAAAACGAUGAUGAACCCCUUCGCCAUGCCCAACCUGUAUCAGAAGCUCGAGAACGAUCCUCGGACUCGGGAGCUCUUGUCAGAUCCAAGCUACAAAGAACUGCUGGAGCAGCUCCGCAACAAACCGUCAGAGCUUGGCGCGAAGCUGCAGGAUCCAAGAGUGAUGACUACCCUCUCUGUGCUGCUGGGGCUGAACCUUUCUGAAAUGGAGGAGGAAGAGGAGCCCACACCUCCUCCUCCUCCCAAACCCAAAGAAACUCCACCACCUCCUCCCAAAGAGGAAGACCUCCCUGACAACAAGAGAAUGGCUUUGAAAGAAAAAGAAUUGGGGAACGCUGCGUACAAGAAUAAAGACUUUGACUCGGCCCUGAAACAUUAUGAAGAAGCGAUGAAGCAUGACCCCACCAACAUGACAUAUUUAUCUAAUCAAGCAGCUGUCUAUUUUGAAAAGGGAGACUAUGAGAAGUGCAGAGAGCUGUGUGAGAAAGCCAUUGAUGUUGGCCGAGAAAACCGAGAAGAUUAUAGACAAAUAGCAAAGGCCCUGGCUCGUAUUGGUAACUCCUACUUCAAGCAAGAAAAAUACAAAGAAGCAGUUCAGUUCUUUAACAAGAGUUUGACAGAACACCGGACUCCUGACGUGUUGAAGAAAUGUCAACAGGCAGAGAAAGUACUAAAGGAGCAAGAAAAACUAGCCUACAUCAACCCUGAUCUGGCCCUUGAAGAGAAGAACAAGGGCAAUGAUGCCUUCCAGAAAGGAGACUACCCCUUAGCUAUGAAACAUUACACUGAGGCCAUCAAGAGAAACCCUAAUGAUGCCAAGCUCUACAGUAACAGAGCUGCGUGCUACACGAAGCUGCUGGAGUUCCAGCUUGCCCUGAAGGAUUGUGAAGAGUGCAUCACACUUGAACCUACAUUCAUAAAGGGCUACACACGUAAAGGAGCUGCACUGGAGGCCAUGAAAGAUUAUUCGAAAGCUAUGGAUGUCUACCAGAAAGCUCUCGAGUUGGAUUCUUCCUCAAAGGAAGCGUCAGAAGGCAUGCAGCGGUGCAUGGUCAGUCAAACCAUGAGGAACGACAGCCCCGAGGAGGUGAAGAAAAGAGCUAUGGCUGAUCCCGAGGUGCAGCAGAUUAUGUCCGACCCAGCCAUGCGCAUGAUCCUGGAGCAAAUGCAGAAGGACCCUCAGGCACUAAGCGACCACCUUAAGAAUCCAGUUAUUGCUCAGAAGAUACAGAAGCUCAUUGACGUUGGACUGAUAGCCAUCCGCUGAUAUGGAACCAGUUCAAGAAGAGUGGAGUCACAUGCAGAUCGCCCUGAAAUAUUACAUCUCUUUUCUUGCCUUUAAAUUGAAAGUUAUAUUGUCCUGGAUCUGACUGGGACUUUGUCUGUUUUUUUUAUUAUUGUUCACAACUUUGACAUUGUGUUGGAAGAAAAAGAAGUAUCUUGUUUGUCCUCUGAAAAAUGUGGGCACUCCAGGCAGCUUCCAACAGAGUUCACGUGUAAAGAUGCUGUAGUAACAUCUAGAAAAUAAACCUCACACGAGUGUACACCACUGCACUCAGUGUCUGAAGAUGAACAUCCACCCUAAAGUUGAUCUUGUACUGUAUUCUUGUUUCGUGCUUAAAAUAAAUCAAAUAGAUUGUC